AUGACGUUGCGCGCGUCUAAUUGUGCUGUUGUACAGCAUAAAUUAAAGGGUGCGCCACACGCGCUCCUGCUGUGUUUUCCUCUCGUUCUCGCAGGAUCGCGGCUCUACAGCGUAAAAUCUGGGAAUUUGACUCCACGCCACUCAUCAGUGUACCCCGAUAAAGGCGUUAUAAAUUUCGAACUCCUCCACAAGGGCACUGAUAGACCAUACAAUAGCAAACACCCUCAGUGGUAUUUCACCCACAACUGCACAGCACACAGCACGCCUCUAUCUUCUCUCCCGCCACGGCAAGAAAGCGGAACCCCUCGCUGCUGUUAUAUGCCUUUAGCUACAGCACUAACCCAAAAAUCCUUAAAGCUCGUAUUCUCCUCCUUCGUCAAGAUGACCUGUUCGCCACCAUUAAGGCCAUCUUCCUCCCAGAACACCCCUCGCCAACCAGCACGUCCUUCCACCCAUAAUCCUGUACCCUACAGCAUCCUUUUCGGCACUUCUCUUGCUUCUUCUGUAGAACACCAGGUAGAAAUACCGUCAAUGGCCGAGACCGCACAGCGACUCGGUCUCGCGUCCAAUACCGCUCCCCGCGAUGUCGAGCCCUCGAGCGUAUUGUCCUCCCCUCACACAUUCAACAGUCCGAUUGCCCUCCCUCGAGACAUGACCGAUGACGAUUCCCCCAUCACGCGCAGGCCCGCAAGAAACAGCAGACGAAGGGCGACGAAGCCUGCCGCCGUUUCGCCGACGAAUGACGAGAGCGACAUGGACCUCACCACCGCUACUCGCAAUUCACUGCAGACAUUCCGUUCGGAAAACUCCCUUCGCGAGAAGAACGCGACCAGUUCACCAGAUGCAAGCGGCUCUGGUCGUCGAGCCGACAUAGAUAUUGAAAUUAACGAUACUAUAAGACGAGCCCAGGAGGCACUCGCCAUGGUAGACCAGGCCCUUGUAUUGACGGUUGAAAACCCCCUUCCCCCACACCUCCCCGUAUCGCCACACCUCGCCGAUACCAUAUUUCCGUCUAACCCUGUUCAAGUGCUCCCCUCAAGCAUUUCUGCUUCUGUUGACAUAUUGAUGGACGAAGGCAGCGCCCAACCCCCGACCCCAGCCCGCAAGCCUGUCCGGCCCAAGACCUCCCAACUUCGCCCCAUCUUGUCCACAUCCCAGAACCAUCUCUCACAUUUCCGCGAACGGCCGUCCAUGCCCGAUGACAUGGACAUUACUGUAACGACGCCACAGAAACCUCAGUCGGUGGGUCUCUCCAAGACCAUCCACCGUCACAUGAACGGGCUGAUCACCAUCAACAAGCAGAAGCAAAAGCAGAAGGAAGAGAGUAGCGGCAGCGACAGCGACGACGUCGCCGCCCUCGUCGCGUGCUUUUCCAAGACGAAGAUUCAUAAUGUCAACGCGUCCACUCCGCGCCCAUCCGAACCGACAAGCCUAAGGAACGGGCGAGCAACUGGUCGAGGUGAUGCUCCCGCUUUGAAAGGCGGUGAUGCUCCCUCUUCUUCUGUUCGUCAUGUUUUGAAUGCUUCGGAGGGUACUGACGAUAUAAAUGAGAUGGAUGUUGACCCUUCGUCUAUGAAUCCCGUGCAUAAGCCAUCUGCUGCAAAUCAGAGAACCGUUGCUCGCGCCCCUGCUAAACCAGCACCUCGUCCUGGUGGCGUCCAGAGGACUUCAGAGAUCGCCGACAAGACCAGCGAAAUGGACACCGAUUCUUCUACGCCGUUAAGUCCAGGAGAGAGGAAAAUAUCUCCUCUUCCGCUUAGAGCUCGCAAUCAAAGAGCCCUUCCUCCAACAAGCGCUGCGAUAGGAACUGUCGACCAAGCCCCCGACCGCGAACGCAGCGUUUCUCCAAUUAUGACCAUCAUUCCUCCGGUCCCUGUCCCAAGAAUCAUCAUCACAGACGACGCGGCGCCGCUCGUCGCCAGCCCAGAGUCUUCGCCCCCUCCAUCCCCUGGUCCAUCUCGCAGAGAGAGAAAGGUUCGACCUCUCCCCCAGCGUUUCUGGCAGAGCACCCAGGGUACCAUUACCAAGCCCACUUUCAACUUCACAUUGAGCGUCCCCAGGGCGUCAAAGGAGGCGCCUAAAACCGCAACCGCAGCCCCCGCGGUCCCUGCCUCUUCCGAGCCCUCGCGCCUACCUAGUGGUGGGUUCACGUUCCAACUUCCUGGUAGCGGUGAUGCUCCUGCCCUUAGAGGCGGUGACGCUCCUGCUACUCGUGAUGUUGGAAAAACCCUGCUAGGAGGUACCGACGAAAAUGGAACUACCGACGCGGUCAGUCGUGAAGCGGGUGAGAUAGCGGUGGACAGGAAGGUGAAGCCGCUCCCGCCCAAGAUGAGGCGCCCGGCUGGAACGCCGAAUAUCCCCCUUCUAACUUAUGUGCCGACGCACGGACAGACGAUUUUUGUGAGCCCUCAGCUGAAUACUUGGCAGGGUGAUUUGGAGGAUGAUAUGACCCGCGGUAUGAAGCGACAGGACCAGGAAGACGCAGCUGCAAAGGCGACUACGUUGGGGAGGUGUUUCGAGACGAACAAUCAGACAAGUAUGACUAAUGGAACGGGGAGCUCUCACCCAGUGUACAACACCGACAGCGCCAGGUUCCUUUUGCUAUAUGGUGAAAUGAUGGCCGGAGCAUCUGCAGCGGACCUGGCUGCCUCGGGCGCCUUGCUCGCGUUAGGUGGCGAUCCCCCUGAGAGUAGCCCCUCGUCGCAAACAAGCGCCGAUCAGACGAACGACGAGUCCGAGUUCAGCAAGCGGACAGAUAUUGAGAUGGACUUCAGCAACAUGACCGAUGAGGAGAUCAACGCCACUUUGUCCUCGUGGGGAUUUAAUCCCGCCUCGGACCAAUCGUUUACGUUGGAGGAAAUGAAUACAACGUGCGAGGCAACAUUUGAGCUCAACAUGCUUGCCAGUGCCCCAAUCGCUCCAGAUUACAACAUGACGAUCGCUCAAGGGCAGAUGUUUGCGACGGGUCUGACCGAUCAAGAUAUCAAUGCGAAUAAUUACCAUCCUGGAAACUGCCCCACACAGAUUACCAUCCAGCAGAAUUACGAGUCCCAAUUGAAUUAUGCGUUGGGCUAUAACAACAUUGGCGUCGCCUCAGAGGGCCAAGUGGUGCAUCAGAGCGUUUGUCCUCCUGAAGGACGACAAGAUAACUCCUUGGCGGCAUCUUCCUCCACUGCGAUCCCAACUCGCGAAGUCGACGUUCAUGACCACGAACAAGUUGAUUGGUCCGACUCCGAGAUAGUGCCCGCCACUUCUCGGCUGCUCAUUCCCAAAGCCCCGGACAACCUAGGUAUCGGAUCUCAAGAGAGGUACAAUGAAACACCCCAAGAAGCUCAGCCCUUCCAAUACGAGGAGGUAGAAGCGACCAACGGAGACGAAGACAUGGAGGAAGUCGAUAUUGACGCUGCUCUCGCCGAACGGGAGACUGGGCAACAAGUUCCAGUGCAAGGUUUCAGCGCUUCAGCUGCCGAUUCACCCUUUGAGGAGCCGUUGAUAGCUCCAGAGUGUUCGGAAACCUCGUCUGCUAUGAUCACCCCGGCGGUCCAGCACCAGGCUCAACAAGGCAGCAGUGUCCCUUCCGUCGACCUUGUCGCUGAAUCGUCCCCCAGACCCAACGAGGAAGUUGGAGUUGCUUGCAGGAGCACUUCAGUCGGACCUGCUACCAGCCCAUUUGUUGUGCAUGAUGCCUCUCAUGUUCCCCUGCCAGAGUUGCCUUUAAUCAAAGACGAUAAGAAGCUUGCAGAUGAUGCGAGCGUAGAUCCCGCUCCGAGCUUUUGCGAUUCGGAUCAAAAACGGGAACGGAUCAGUAUCGAGGCAAUCAGCGCUGCCCCAGAAGUUGCUGGCAUCUCCGAGUCGUUGUCCCCAACCACCAACAUCGAAAGUUCGAACACGACCCAGCCAGUUGUUCCCUUUGAACCUAAUCAGAGCUCGCCGAAGAGCCAGGAAUACGUCGCUUGCGAUGUCGUACUCACACGUGUUGCGGAAGGGCACCCUGUGGACGCGGUUGUCCAGCCACCAACACCGGAAAGUCCUCUCCAACACCUCGAGAAGGGCAAGCAGCGGGAUACAAGCGAUGCGCAAGUGGUUGUCCCUGAUCCAACAACCAAUCUUCCCACUGGGUCGACCAUCGAAGAGUCUCCUUUGAGCUCAACAUCGCAGUCUAAUGAGCCAGCGGCGUCAAGUGGUCUCGAUUCGCAGCAGGAAGUAGUCGUCCAACCACCAACAUCCAUUGAGGGGCAACAUCCAAACCCGACGGAAGCUCCCACUAAAGCUGCUCGUCCGGAAGAUGCACCUAUAGCUACAUUUUCGACGAUAGAACAGGAAAGCAAUGUGGAUGUUUUUUCUGUGCCAGCAGGAGGCAAUAACGUCACUCUGGGUGAGCUGGAUGAGCUAGAGUCACAGCCCUGUAGUCCGCCUGUUCCAAUUCCCGUGGUGAAUCAACGGUCGCCUGCUGUCCCUCGGCCCGCGUCGACAGCGUCUGCCAAUGGCCUGUGCGAUAAGCAGGCUGGUGCAUCAGUCCCCUCUCAAGAUACCCUUCUAAACAACGCUCCUGUCCAAGUACAACCACCACCCAGUGUGAUACCUCGCGACCAGGAUGUCGCAAUGGACUUGGAUGACGCAAACAAGGAAGGAGAAAAGGUCCGGGAGGGCUCAUGCGAGGAUAGCGAAAUGAUAGAGGAGCUCCCAGUUGGCGUCGCUAUGGAUCUUGAUGACGCACAAGCGUAUGCUCUCUAUGUCCCUUAUCUGAUGCUGCUCCGCGCGCCCCCGGCGCAACGUACACCGUACGAGGAUGCUGACGCAAACGAUGUUGACAUGCCAGAUGACCUUCCAGACCCGACCGUCAUCUGCAGUGCUGCCCUUCACCAUUGGUCUUCCGCGGCCACAGAUUGUGACUUUGAAAUGACGGAUGGGUGUCCCCAACCCUUCCAACCUCAACAAGUCGCUCCAGCUCCUUCAGUGUCGUUACCGAACGCAGCACCAGUCAUCGCCUCCACACCUUUCGAGCCAACGAAUGCGGUACCUUUGGUCAACACAUUACCACCUGUUGACCUGCAGCCCUCAAUUGACGUCCUGUCCCCAGUUAGUGGACCACCAUUCGAUAACCGUUUCGUCGACGUGGACUCAGACAUGGACUAUGUUGGGCCACCACAGCAACCUGUUACCCUGUGGUUCGACUUGUAUCGUGAAGCGUUUGGCUGCGUACCAGCCGCCGUCCACUAUCAGCCUCAGGUCCCACCAUCCAGCGAGCAGCCUCCCUCUGCCCCUGCCUCCAUCACCAACGUUGAUCAAUGCGAAGUUUCCGAGCAAGUGGAACUGCCAUCGAAGCCAGAGGACCAGGAAAUGCCCCAGACUACUCAACCGCCACCGCCGACAACCUGCACCGACGGAAACGGCCUCCGUGUCCCAACGCCGGCUGCCCCAACACUUCCUUCUACUCCUGCCCCAACGGCUGCUCCUGCUCCUAUAUCAAUACCUACUUUACCUCCCACCCCAGAGCCCGCUCCUACCCCGGCAUUUGCAUCGACACCGGCACAGGAAGAACCUUUGGUCACUGCUAUUCCUGAACCCUCGACUCCCGCACCGUCCUCUGAGUCCAUGUCUACACUGAGAACUCCUGCAUCGCACCCGUAUCGCAAUUCCAGGCGCGCUUCGACGCUCAGAAUCACGUCGCCGCGUUCGUCUUACUAUCCCAUGGAUUGGCAGCCUCGACCGUUCGUGCAAAGGACGCCAGAGCAGAUACGGCUUGCCACCUCUGCAUUCCCACUUCCUCAGACACCAGCGCCAGAGGUAGAGCCUCCUCACCCCCCUGCACAGAAGCCUGCACGCAAGCGCAGGUCAUCCAAGUCCAAGAAGAGCAGGAAGGAAGAGGAGUGCCCCCCAACCAUGCCGAGUAUGGUGGAGCAUUGCCGCGGGGAGAACGUCGUCAGCCUGGGUGUCGAGGAAGGCAUCCGUCAGAUGACCUCGAGCUCGUCGAGCCUGCGAGUGUUCAUUGAGAGAGUGGCCACAGAUGUCAAGAAGGCGGCUGUUGACGCAGUGAACUACACCGCACUUGGAGCUGUGGAUUCGCUGAAGCAGGAUGGGCUGACGCUGGCUUUGACCAUCGCAAAGGAGAAGUUCAUGGCUUGA